GAAAAAAGAAGAAAGUCAAACCGGAGAAAAGCACAAAACAGGGAAGAGAGAACAUAAAAACAGACGGCACCGCCGCCGGAAUGCUGGGUAACUCACUUCUCUUCUGCUCCUUCUUCUUCCUUCUUCCUCUCUCUCUCCUCCCACGUGUUUCUUCAUCCCCCAAAAUCCUAAAUAAUCAUACCCAUCUUUUUCUUUAACAAAAAUAAAUUAUAAAAAAAAAGAAAAAACUUCUCCUUUAACAAAACAAAUUUCUCUCUCCUCAAUUUCUCUCUCCAAACACAACAACAAUAACAACAAUGGCGGAAGUGGACCCACCUGAGCAACUCCACCACAACCAAGCCCGACGGGCCCAAUUGUUCACUUCUCUCUCCUCGAUGUUCUUUGCUGGGCCAGAAAGCCCAACUCACCCUUCUCUUCUCUCUGCAUCGGAUUCUGAGCCCGAUUCAUGCGAUGUUGACCCAAACCCGAUAUUUGAGCCCGAAGAAGACCACCUUCAUCAUUAUCACCAUAAUCAUAUUCAGCAUGAUCAGGUGAGCUUCGUUUCAUCUCAAAACGCGUUGAUUUCUGGUUCUACUCUAGGGUUAGGUUUGGGAUUAGGGUUGGGAACAGGUUCGGGUGAUCCGAGUUGUGGGAUUUCGGGUGAAGGUGAGAAGAUUUCUGGGUUGGGUAAUAAUGAGGUUGAUUUAGAAUUAGGGUUAGGGUUAGGGUUUGGGUCGAGUAAUCGGAAUAAUGUUGUGAAUUAUGUGUCGCCAAUGGAGGAAGAAAGGCGGGUUUUUGAGGGUUUGAGAGUUGUGAAUAUUGAUGAUUCUGACUCAGAUUCUGAUGAUGGGAUUUUACAAGAUGAUGAUAUUAACGAGGUUGAUUCUGAGGAGCAGCAGCAUCAAGGGUUUGGUGGGGUUAGUGAUUUCGAUCGUCCGCCGUAUUGUUGGGAUUAUCUUGGGUUUAAUAAUGGGAAUCGAAGCGAAAACAGUGAGGUUCAAGAGAUAGUAUCUGAUGCAGGUAGUGUUGUGAAUGAUAACUUUGAGGGGUUUUAUGUUGAUGUGGAUGUUGAUGUUGUUGAUGAUGAUGUGGGAACUCCGAUUCAGCUGGAUACGGAUGUGUCGAAUGUGUUUGAUACGUACCAAUUGAGGGCGGAACAGCAGGAGAUUGCUAUUGAUUCUGAUACUGAUGAAGGGGGAGAGUUUGGGGUCGAGGAUGCAAUUCGUGAUUUGGAGUGGGAAAUCUUAUUGGCCGUUAAUAAUUUUAAUCGAGAGGUCUAUGAUAUGGACUUCAAUGUGGAUAUGUAUGAGGCGAUUCUUGGUGAAGUGGAGGACCGUAUGAAUGAAUGGAGGGGAAGUCCUCCGGCUGCUGGGUCCGUCAUUGAGAAUCUUCCUAGUGUUCAAUUGUCCCAUGAGGGUUUGGUGGAGAAUGAAGUCGUUUGUGCAAUAUGUAAGGAAGAGGUUUUAGGGGAGGAAGUGGUGAAGCAGCUUCCUUGCUUGCAUUAUUAUCAUGGGGAGUGUAUAGUUCCAUGGUUGAGAAUGCGAAAUACUUGUCCUGUUUGUCGGCAUGAGCUUCCCACUGAUGAUGCCGAGUAUGAGUACAGGAAAAGGGAGAGGGAGGUGGAAGUGGGGCUGAAUGUUGAUCCUAAUGAGGAUUUGUCUCAGGAUUUGCAGGUUAGCCAUGAUUUCCAUGUGUUCCUUUAAAUAUCUUAUGUGAUAUUUAUUGAUGUUGGCUUCUGGAUAACUGUCAAAGGGUUCCAUUGUUCAAAUGGAGCUCUUAGUGCAGCACCGAACCUAAUUAGUUGGGUUAUUCGGAUGCAAGUUCUAGCAACUGUAAUAUAAAAUCUGAAAUCAAAACUUGUACAGUAUAUAUGUUGUAUAUUAUGACACAAGUAUCUAGAAUUAUGUGAGGUUCAUAUUUUCAUUGCU